UCAAGUUUUCGGCAAACGCGACCGCAUUCUUCGUUGGCUUCUUUCACGACAUAGACUGCUACAGCAUUACAGCAACGUCUACUUUGCCUUUCUUUCUCACUCAUUAUGUCCUUCAGCAUUCGUAAAGCUAGAGAAGAGGAUGUGCCACAGAUGCUGCAAUUCAUCAAGGACCUCGCGGAAUUCGAAAAGGCACCCGAAGCAGUCUUUGCCACGCAUGAGAAGCUAUCUAGCACGCUCGGCUUCACAGGAACAGCCUAUGCGCAUGCAGUCAUUGCAGAGACCAAGUCUGAGUCGGAUGAAGCGGCAGUAGUGGUAGGCAUGGCGAUUUACUUCUUCAACUACUCCACAUGGCAUGCUGCACCGGGUAUCUACUUGGAAGACUUGUACGUUGACCAGCAAUACCGUGGAAAGGGAUACGGCACCAGGCUGCUACAACAUCUAGCAAAGUUGUCACUUGACAUGGGCGGCAAGCGUUUAGAGUGGUCCGUGCUCAAGUGGAACGAAAAGGCCAUCAAGGUCUAUGAAGCGGUCGGUGCUGAAAUGAUGACAGAGUGGAGCGUCAUGCGUGUCGACGGUGAACGUCUUGACAAGCUUGCUGCUGCAGCUCACUGAAGUCUCUUGGCUACAGCAGCCAGGCAUUCGACGGCGUUCCGUCUAUGCGAUGGUCCGUCUGUGCUGAAACGUUUCAUAGCGACGCUCAGUAAUCGCUUCUACACCUGCUUCAGCUUCAGCUUCGACCUGCUCCCUCUGGCAUGUCAGUCAAGUGUGCCGGCCGCCAAGAUACUCCCAUCUUUUGAUUACACCGAACAUGCACUGGUUGACGCUAGCGACGGUAUUGAUACAUGUCAAGCCAGGUCAUGGCCAGAUUGGU